AUGGCGCAAAACGAGAAUGAUUCGCAGGUGCAACGCAAUUGUGCUUUAUGUGUCGAAUCGGAUGAUUACGACGACAUGGUGGCAUGUGAUUCUUGCCAGUUGUGGCACCAUUACUCCUGUGCGAAGGUCAGUCCCAAUGUCAAGGAUCGUAAAUGGAACUGUCCCACCUGCGAACCCUCAUGCAAGGAUGGUAGUAAAGAUGUCCUGAAGAAUGACGGUGGUAACAAAACCAACCCAAAACGCCUCGUAUCCGACGUGUGCCCUUCUAAAUCGAACGCGAAGGGUGCCAAGCCGAAUAUUCCUGCAAAGCAGCCGGAUGCGCUGGAGGUUCCUAAGAAGACGAUGGCAAAGUCUACGGCUGGUAGCAAAAUUUCCAAAAGAUCGAAGAAAAUGGUUGACGAUAGUGUUACAUCCAGUACACGAGCUCGUUUGGAACUCGAGCUGAAAGCGUUGGAGGAACAGCAACGGAUUCAAGAAGAAGAUUUAGCGGAAAAGAAGAAGUUAAAGGAUCUCCAUCAAAAACUUGAGGAGGAGCUACGGGAGAAGGAGUUGGCGAUCGAAGUGAGACGAAUCGCCCAAGCGAAAGUGGCACUGGAGCAGAAGAUGGCAGACGAGAGCGAAUUCCGAAGACAACAAAUGGCGAUUAGGAAACAUUCAGCUGAGGAGAAGGUGAAGCUCAUUCGGCAGGCAUCUCAGUACGGCAGCAGCCAUGGUAGCAGGGCGAGUGGCGGCAUUAGUGUCACUUGGAAUUGA